AUUAACCAUUUUAAUUAAUCUCUUCCUCUCUCUCUCUCUCUCUCUCUCUCUCCUAAUUUUAAUUCCCUUUCCUCUUAUAACUUCCUCUGUUUCCAACAUCCUCUGUUCAAUUUUUUUCUUUCAGUUUUCCUUAUUCAUUCCUUGUGUGUGUGGGUGUGUUUUUUCUCUCGAGGUUUUUGGCUGUGCUAUGGCACAGUUACCACCUAAGAUCCCCAAUAUGGCUUCUAAUUGGUCUGAAUUAUCCCGUCAGAAAAUCCCCUCCAUGGAAACUUUUGCACCUACCACCACUACACCACCGGUUACUCAACAGAAUCCUUCUUGGGUUGAUGAAUUUCUUGAUUUCUCUUCCGUUAGACGUGGAUCACAUCGUCGGUCUGUUAGUGAUUCCAUCACAUUUCUUGAAAUGCCAAUGCUGGAGGAUGAUUGUCGUGCCUCCGCUGCACCCCCACCACCGUCCACGGCAACCGGUGACCAGAAUGAAUUUGAUAGAUUUGAUGACGAGCAAUUCCUCUCGAUGUUUAAUGACGAAAUCUCCGCUGCUGUUGCACCAACUUUGUCGUCGUCGAACCCUUCCACGCCGUCUGAUCAUAACAGUAUUAACGAUGAGAAAGAUGCGCAAAACGAUGGGAAGGUAAAUCAGAAUAAAAAUGAGCCCGACGAAGUACAGAGCCAACAGCAAUCGGAAAAUCAAACUCAAUCCAAUUCAACGGCGACGGCGGGUUCCACUGAUCGGAUAACAGACCCAAAAAGAGUCAAAAGAAUUCUGGCAAAUCGGCAAUCGGCACAAAGAUCACGAGUGAGGAAGCUUCAAUACAUAUCAGAACUUGAACGAAGCGUUACAUCAUUACAGGCUGAAGUAUCGGUAUUGUCGCCGCGAGUGGCGUUUUUGGACCAUCAGAGAUUGCUUCUUAACGUCGACAACAGUGCUCUGAAGCAAAGAAUCGCCGCCCUUGCUCAGGAUAAGAUUUUUAAAGAUGCUCAUCAAGAGGCAUUAAAAAGGGAGAUAGAGAGAUUAAGACAAGUAUAUCACCAACAAAACAUCAAGAAAAUGGAAAAUGCAUCACCAUCACCAGCAAUUACUCCAUCUCAACCUGUCGCCACCACCGUCCCUGAUGCCAAACUUCCAAACGUAGAUCAAAACGAGCAAGUUCCAAAUGUCAUGGUUUAGGGAAAGGGACCACUUUCAAAAGCCCUUCCAUGAUUGAGUUGCAGAGAAGAUACAUGUGCAGCUUUGUUGAGUUAAAAGAAGAGAGAGAGAUGAAGAGGAAGUGGGAGAAGGAGAGGAAGUGGGUAAUUUUUAAUUUUAAUUAAUUUUUUUUUUAAGAAAAAACUAAUUUAAUGUUAGUGUUUGAGAGAGGAGGGGUUUUGUGGUAAUUAUUGUUUAUUCAUGGGGUUUUUUUGGAAAAAGGAAGAGGAGUUGAGGGGGUUAUUAGAAAAUUAGGGUUUGUAUUGGGAUGUACAAAAAGAGAAGAGGAGUGAGUGUUUUGUUUUGGGUUUGUGUCAGGGAUGGGUAUUUGGUACUUCAAUGUCUGAUGUGAUGUACUUUUCCACUGCUUUUUUCUCUUCUUCUUAUCACAUUAUUUGUCCCAUUAUUUCUAAAUUAUAAAUACCAAAAAAAAAAAAAAUGAAAACAAAAACAAACAAAUUAAUUCUAUCUAAAUAUAUUCUAUUGGUUUCGACUGUCAA